AUGGACCGUCGCAUUGGUGCCCUCGAUAGUUCCCCCACACGCCAAGCGCCCCCAGAGGAUGCUUUUUCGCCAGACUACACGCGCUCCGCCUCCUCCGGCUCCAGAUCGCACUUGAGCGUUAACCCAGAAUUCAAAGUCGAGGCCGGCAACAGUCCGAAUGUGAAUGAUUUCCAGUCCUUUGACUACUCCCGCGCUUCGUCCGCCGGGUGGAACCCCGCCGCCCCCGGCCCGCUGCCGACCCUCAUGACCCCCGAAUACGCCUCCGUCGCGCCGCCCGAAGCCGGGGGCCUCCGCCGCUCAGGCACCAUGCACACCCUGGGAGACGUUUUGUCCGAGUACUCGACCGGUUUCAUCCGCCAGGUCAACAAGUUGUUGAAACGCUACACGAUGCCCAGUAAUACGAUGCUCAACCAGUCGCCGAUGGACGACGACCGCCCCGGCACCGCCGACUCGAACCCGGCUUCGUGGAUUUUUGAGUACGACGCGCCACAAAGGAGAUCCGAGACCGAAGCCAGACCACUUCCCGGCGAUUUCCUGAGCCUCCAUUACCGCCUUCAUACUCAGGGUGCCUGCUUACCAGGCCUACCCGAACAUGACACGAGAUCUUGCUACUGCCAUGUGAAUGAUGAGCUUCCGGAAGAGGCCUGGGUAUCAGACAGGGGACCGGAACCCUUUGCCCAGCAAGUCCUCAUGUAUGGCAGACCUGCGGAUGGCAACUUUGCGCGCCGCGACGCCUUUGGCAACACAAUCCUUCACUUACUCGCAGCCGGCAAUGCCCCUCACACCCAUCUCUCCCACGCCUUGAAGCAGGAGCUGUCGCCCAACCCAUCGGCGGUCAACAGUGCUGGACAGACCUUUAUGCACGUUCUUAAUGAUUCUUGGUUCUCGUCGCCUGCCAACGAUCUCUACCAGCUUAUUGUAUUCCUCAAACAACAACGCUUCGAUUUGUACACAUGCGACGUCUACGGCCGCAAUUUCUGCCACCUCAUCCACAACAAAGACCCGCGAAUCAUGAACCAGGACACCAAAAACGCUCUUCUGGCACUGCUGGAUCCUUUGGAGUAUUGCCGUCGCGAUGCAUUCGGAAGCAUCCCCGAAACCGCAAUCCCAGGUCACCUCCGCCGAGCCUACACCUCUGCCAUCGGCCAAGAAAUGUCUCCCACAUGGGACGCAAGCACCCAGCGACGACUCUCCUCGCCCAUCGAACAGCAAGCCAGCCUUCUUCGAACCGUCAAUGAAUCAUAUAAGAACCCCCGCGUACAAGACUCCCAAGGCCGCAACGGUCUCCACUGCCUCGCCGACGCCAUCCUCAGCCAAGAAUCCCUGCUUGCCAAGUUCCCCGGUGCCGUUUCCGUUGAGCAACAAGAGCAAAAAUCGCCCGUCAGCCGCAAGCGCAAGCACAACAAGCCGAUCCUCCAGAAGUCCCUCUCCGAUUCCUCCAAAGAGCGUCUCACGGCUCGCGAAGGCGUCGUCAGGGACCUCAUCGAGCUUGACGUGGACCCGAACCACUACGACAAGUACGGCAACACGGUUCUCAUGGCCUUCGUUGCGCAGCUGCCCGAAGAUGACGACUACAAGAAACCCGUCGCAAUCCUCGAGUUCCUCAUCCAAGCCGGGGCCAAUGUCAACGCGCGCAACCGGUCUGGGGAGACGGCGCUGCACAUUGCCGUGCGCAAGGGGAAGAAGCUGGCUAUGCGCACAUUGACGCAGAACGGUGCCAACGUACAAGCCCGUGACGUUGAGGGCCGCAGCGUGUUGGAUGUCGCUGAUCGUAUGGUCGCCUCUGGUAAGCGUGGCAUUGACCACCCGCGAUAUGAGGCUUGCCAUGCAUGGCUAUCAGGUCAGGGCAAGGCGGUGCAAAACCCGUCAAUACAGCAAGAGUGGGAUUUCAAGGAAUCAUGA